CACCUCUCUCUCGUUCUCUCUCUCUCUCUUCCCCGCACCGCAAAGUCGCAAACCCACACAACCCGAGACCGAGAGGGGAUCGCCGAUUUUCGAUUCGCCGACGAGGCCCGCGGGGAGGAUGUCAUCGUCGGACUCGUCGUCGUGGGCGCGCGCGCUCGUGCAGAUCUCGCCCUACACCUUCUCCGCCAUCGGCAUCGCCGUCUCCAUCGGCGUCUCCGUCCUCGGCGCCGCCUGGGGGAUCUUCAUCACGGGGAGCAGCCUCAUCGGGGCCGCCAUCAAGGCGCCCAGGAUCACCUCCAAGAACCUCAUCAGUGUCAUCUUCUGUGAAGCUGUUGCGAUUUAUGGUGUAAUCGUGGCAAUCAUCCUCCAAACAAAGCUUGAAAGUGUACCAUCAGCUCAAAUACAUGAUCCAGAGUCUCUCCGCGCUGGCUAUGCAAUCUUUGCGUCUGGUCUUAUUGUUGGCUUUGCUAAUCUUGUUUGCGGGGUAUGUGUGGGAAUAAUUGGAAGCAGCUGUGCACUGUCUGAUGCUCAGAAUUCAUCACUAUUUGUAAAGAUCUUGGUGAUUGAGAUCUUCGGCAGUGCUCUGGGGCUGUUUGGGGUGAUUGUUGGCAUAAUCAUGUCAUCUCAAGCAACAUGGCCAGCGAAAGCUUAGCUCUAUCCAUACGGGAAUCUGUAAAUUAUUUCGGGGAUACCUGUCGGAAAAAAAACAUCUGGUCGAGUUGUUUUUAUUUCUUUUUUGUUUGUGCAUUUUUGGCAAAUCACGUAUAUUGAUGCUUGAUGCAUCUGAUGGUAGAGAUACUCUUCCUACUGUAAAGACUACAUGCUGGGUAUCUUGUAGGCGCUAUUGCUUUUGCAGAUUGUGGUCUGCGUAUUGAAUAAAAACAUCAUCGAACCCAAUAAUAAAUUAGUCAUGUUUUGCCCAAUGCCAAGGGCCGUUGCAAA